UUUCUCAAUCUGUCACUUUGCGAGCUGGGCUCCGUUUGAUGAGUGCAAAGAAAACAUGGACGCGGCAACUUUCUGACACCCGCCCUAGUGUGGACCUCCUUCCGAGUCACCUCGUUUUUUAACAACACCGCGCCUCGCUUUUGCUAGCCGCUCUUUGCCCUUCAAAUUUGGACAACACUUGCGCGUGUGUCAAAUAAGCAGUGAACCAUGCUAAACGACGUUAGCCGCUGCCAAGCUAACUAGUAGCUAUGCUGUUCGCGGGAUAGUUGACCUUAAACGCGUAGGUUUUACCCCCGGUUUUAACAAGUUUAUUUGUUUUUUUCCCCCCUCUCCCUCCCCUUUCCAAAAGAAGUCGAGAAGCAAACGGAGACAUGGGACUGCACCCGCUGGAGUUCAGCGAAUGCUAUCUGGACAGUCCCUGCUUCAGGGAGAAAAUCAAGGCUCACGAAGCGGAGCUGGACAAAACCAACAGGUUCAUUAAGGAGCUGUACAAGGACGGCAAGAACCUCAUCAAUGCCACCAAACAGUUGGGGAUGGCCCAGAGAAAGUUCGCCCAAUGCUUGGGAGAGUUUCAGUUCGAGUACAUUGGCGACGCCAAGACGGACGACGAGCGAUGCAUCGAUGAGUCACUGCUGGAGUUCUCCUCAUUCCUCAAGAACCUGGAAGACCAAAGAGAGCUGAUGAUGAGAAACAUCACAGAAACCCUCAUGAAACCCCUGGAGAAGUUCAGGAAAGAUCACCUCGGUACAGUAAGGGCGGAGAGGAAAAAGUACGAGAAAGAGACAGAAAAAUACUACAGCUCGCUUGAGAAGCUUCUCAACAUGUCUGCCAAGAAGAAAGAGCCCCAGCUACAAGAGGCAGACAUCCAGGUGGAAACCAUGAGGCAGCACUUUCAGGAGGAGUCGCUGGACUAUGUGUGCAAGCUGCAGGAGAUCCAGGAAAGGAAAAAGUUUGAGUGUGUGGAGCCGAUGCUGGCCUUCUUUCAGACAGUCUUCACUUUUUAUCACCAGGGUUUUGAGCUCGCCAAGGACUUCGACCAUUAUAAACGCGCACUACAGAUAAAUAUUCAGAAUACGAGGAGUCGAUUCGAGGGCACGCGUUCAGAGGUCAACGAACUCAUGAAAAGGAUCCGAGAGGCGCCUCAAGAGUACAGACAGACAAGCCCCAUCAGCUGCGAGGGCUACCUUUAUGUCCAGGAAAAACGGCCACCUCCUUUCGGUUCAAGUUGGGUAAAACGCUACUGCACGUUUGUCAAAGAGCAGAAGAUCCUGCAUAUGGUGACGUUUGACCACAGAUCUGGUGGAAGGAGUGGUGAGAUGGAGUCAGUCACGCUUAAGUCCUGCGUCCGCAAAACGACAGACAUGCUGGACAGGAGGUUUUGCCUUGAGCUCGACAUUACCGAUCGGCCAGGCACAGCUCUCACAGUGCAGGCUCUGUCAGAGGGUGACCACAAAUUCUGGAUGCAGUCCAUGGGUGGGAAGGAACCUUUUGGGCGCUAUCUUGGGAGGACCUAUUCUAAAGAGAGAGGGAUCGAUGCUCAGCUGGAUGACGUGGGUCUGACUUUCGUGAAGAACUCCAUCAGCGCCAUAGAGACACGAGGUAUAAACGACCAAGGCUUGUACAGAGUCGUGGGAGUCAGUUCCAAGGUUCAGAAGCUUCUCUCAUUAAUGAUUGAGGAGAAGAGCAAUGAAGUGCACCUGUCCACCAGCGAGGACUGGGACGUGAAAACCAUAACCAGCGCACUGAAGCUAUACCUGAGCCAGCUUCAGACUUCAAUGAGUCACGCCUCCUUGGUGGCUGCGCACAACUUUCCAGGUUAUGCACGGAGCCUACCCGAGCCACUGAUGACCUACGGACUUUACAAAGAGUUCAUCAGCCCGGCGAAGAGCGGCAGUCCAGAAUCUCGCAUCCAGGCCGUCCACUGCCUGGUCCACAAGCUGCCGGAGAAGAAUCGACAAGUCCUCGGGCUGUUUAUGAAGCAUCUGGCCAACGUGGCCGCCCACAGCAAGCAGAAUCUUAUGACAGUGGCCAAUCUGGGCGUGGUGUUUGGCCCAACCCUGAUGAGGCCACAGGAGGACACGGUGGCCGCCAUCAUGGACCUCAAGUUCCAGAACAUUGUGGUGGAGAUCCUUAUUGAGCACCAAGAGAAGAUCUUUACAGAUGCUCCCGAGUCAUGCCCUCUUUCACCCGCCGCCCCGGUCUUCUCCGCACCCACGAGGCAGUCCAAGAAGCUUAAUCGACAGAGCCGUCCACUGGCUGUCUACAAUCCACAAGUUAUGGACAUUCAGACCGCCUGCGACAACUCCAACCUCGCCACAGACGAGACGUCGAUGGGCAGCAACGAGUCGGUGUCGUCGCAGUCCUCGUCCGCCUCGGCUUCAGAGUCUACGCCGCCGGAGAGAAGCGAGCGUGUGCCUCUCAGCACCAGCGUCUCCUCGGGCAGCAGCAACUCCAGAGCAUCCAUGGCAGCAGCCUCCUGGUUAGGAGAAGGCCAGCAUGUCUGCACACCUGACAAAGAAAAGCAACUAGAGAGUGUCAUCGGCAGGAAAGCCAAGGCGGUGUACCCGUGCGAGGCCGAGCACGACUCGGAGCUCUCCUUCCAGGUCGGCGCAAUUUUCAACUCCGUGACCCAGUCUAGAGAGCCGGGCUGGCUGGAGGGGGAACUGGAGGGCAAGCGGGGCCUCAUCCCUGAGAACUAUGUGGAGAUGAUGUAGCCUCCAAAACGGACACAAUGAUGGAAUUAUUAUUCUCAUACGCCUUAUUUUCACCUGUUGUGUUCUCUCAAGCCAUGGACAUUUUUUUCUUGUUCCGCCCACUUAUACAUGGUAUCCAUGAGACUCCCUCACGCCCCUCACACAGCAGCGUUUUGGUCCGCCGACGUGCCUUGUCGAGCCCUGAAUGUAAACGGGUAUGUAUGGCCAUAAAUCAACAGGGUUUUGGUUGCAUAUUUCUCACGUUCCAAAUGAGACGCACAUAGAUUUUGGGGUUCCAAAACUAGCUUUAUGAAAUUGGUGCCCUUGUUAGCUUUUAUUUAGCAGACACCCAAACAUCACACCACUCUCCGCAUAAAUAAAUCCAGGAUGAGUGUGUUCGUGUCAGCGUAAGGAGGGGUAAUUUUCUAUUGAGAUUAUUAUUAUUAUCAGAACCAAGUGUUUGUUUUUCUUUUUUUGGGGGGUGGGUUUUUAUGCUUAUUUUUAAAGCUUGGUUACCUUUUCUGAGCAGACACUCCUGCAAAACAAUGUCCAACGAUUUUAAAUGAUUUUAAUGGAACAUAAAAAAAAAAGAUUUUAUGAUAGAUAACCUCAUAAAGUGCAGUAUUUUAAUUUGAUUUUUGUGUGUAUGGUAUCUUGAUGAAGAAUGCAAUGCCGAUGUUUUGUCACAAGGUUUUAAAAUGGAAGCACGUCAUUUCAGUUGUCACCGGCGGUUGCAAUAAUUUCAAAUGUUGAUUUGUGGUGUUGUUGUUUGUAAAGGGUCUUGGAUUCAUUUUUAUACACCUUUUAUGGGGGCAGUCUCUCGACCAAUGUUGAAUAAAACAUGUAUUCUUGCAGUGAAAUAAAUGUUCAAAUUGAUAACUUAAAAAAAAGUACCAAAAUGGUUAUUUCCAGAUAAUUUUUUUCCCCCCAAUCUCUUCAACAGAUAUACAGUACAAUCAGUCAAAAAAAACCGGAUAAAAACUUAACUUUUUUCACAUAAACCAAGUACCAAUAAUCUCGGAUAAUGAGCACAAUUGUUUAGCUGAUUAUCUACAAUUAAUGCGUUAACAUACAUGCUAGUGAAAGUGCCAAAUUAUUAUUUAAUAGUAAUAUUUAAGGCCUGGUGCACACAAAGACAAUCGGGGUGUUUUUGUCCCGAUUUUUCCCCUUCCGACUAAGGUCGACAAAUGGCAGAUUGUUGUUACAUAAUAUUAUCCUGAGAUUAGAUUAUAUAUCCUGUGGUCUGAGGUGUGUUAAGAGUAAAUUUGUCUUGCUCAUAGAGUCCGAAUCAGGUGCUGGUUGAUAAUUUUAAAUAUUAAACGUGUUCAAUAUUUACGAAAAAAAAAUAAAAAAUUAAAAAAUCAUUUGUGUCGAGAAAGCUGACGACUCCCGAGUCAUGAGUUUUUGAAUUGUGAUGUGAAAAUAGUGACCUGACUGAAGAACAAGGAAGCGGGAGCAAAUGAAAACAAACAUAGUUAAAAUAGCUACGUCUAUUUUUAUUAGUAUUAUUACACCAACCAUUAGCUUAAUUUAAGAACUCACCUCUAGCUUGCUCAGUAGACUAAAGUCCGAUUUCAUGCUGUCUCCAGGAUUUUAUCCCACUGUAAUUUUUUUAUUUUUUUAUAUAAAGAUUGUGAUUUUUUUUUUUUUCCCUAAAGAAAAGUCCCAAGACCACCAUCAUAAAUUCCCUCCUGUUGCGUGUCCUCUUCCAUGCUGCGUCUUGUGCUUACUGGUUGUUGCCGACAAGAUUCUAGAUCGGUGGUGGAACAGAAUCUUUGUGUGUGUGGUGUGCUGUUUUGAAAUUGGUAGUAUUUAUCGUUAUGUGUGUAAUAGAUAAAAAAAAAAUGUCUCAUGAUUUUUUAUUUUUUUAAAUCCAUGUGUGUACCAGGCUUACUGACUCACUGAGUUGGAAUAUUGGGCAUUUGAACCAUUCUAUCUAAUCUAAUUCUAUUUUCUAGUCGAUUAUCAAAAACUAGUCGAUAAUCAAAAACUGUUUUGUUAAUUGAUUAAUCGUCUAGAGCCAUUGUUUAAUCAAAAUCAUCUGAUUUCAGACUCAAUAGUCAAUAUUCUCUGAUUUCUGCAGUCCUCCAUGAAAGCAGAUAGAUUAUCUUUGUUUAAUCAAAUAAGAUAAACAUCUGGUUUUACUUUGGGAAACAAUCAACAUUUUUGAUGGAAAUUAUUCAUCCAUUUUCAACACCGCUUAUCCUGGUCAGGGUCGCGGGACCUAUCCCAGCUGACUUUGGGUGAAAGGCAGACUACACCCUGAACUGGUCGCCAGUCAGUCACAGGGCACAUAUAGACAUGGACAACCAGUCGCACUCACAUUCACACCAUCGCUGAGUGCGAACUGAACCCACGCUGCCUGCACCAAAGUCAGGCAAGUGUACCACUACACCAUCAGUGACAGAUGGAAAUUAAUCAUAAUCAAUUUAUGGAGAAAAAUAAAUCAGAAAAUAAUCAUUUGUAGCCGUAGUAUGAAUAACCUGUAACUGACGUGGUUGAACCUGAAGCAGCCUCAGAAGUGUAUAUCGAACAAGUAGCCCUUCACAUUAAUCAACUCCUAACAGGUUUGGAUCCGAUUAAUCGAUGAAAUAAGUGAUAGAAUCUCCGAUUCUAAAAAAACAUUGAUAGCUGCAGCCCUACAACUUUAGUGUUUACACUGUAUAUAAUCUAUCUGUGCGCACAUUCUCUCUCACACACACACUUAUUACAUAACAAAGCAAGCGAGGACGAAUGAGAUGGAUGACAUCCCCCCCCCCCCCCAUCACUACCACCAUCCACCCUCGGGGCCCUUCAUCGCUCUUCUCCCUCCCUGCCUCUGAAAUUGUGCUGAAUCAUAGCGGCGACACCAGCCAGACUGUCUGUCAAGUCUCCGUCUCCACCUCCUCUUCCUCCUCUCCAACACUAUCUGACUCAUCUACACAUUCCUACUCGGAAUGCUUAUUUUCUACUCCAGUCUCAAUUGAUUGUAUUAUUUUUUUUGCACUGGCUAGGUCAUCAUAUAUAUUGCUUGUGCUUUUGAUACCUUAGAACCACACAACGUUACUUUGUUUUAAUAAACCAAUUACCAACUAUCUUUUCAGUUGUUAAUCUACUAUUAAAGCGAAAAACGUAUCGUACCGAGUGCGAAAGGUAGACACCAGGAAGACGGAAGCCCAUCGCCAUUAUUUUGAUUAAAUCAAGUGCUAAUGAUCUUGGAUAAUGAAUGUGAUGUUUUCAGCUAAAAAUCUACAAUAGAAUCACAAAUACAAUUUUAAAACUCAACACCUUUGAUUCAAAUAAAGCAAGUAGCAAAAAUCUUCGGUAACUGUUUUCACUACAUACACAAACUAAAGUGUAAAGACUCAACAAAUAGAUUAAAAAAAAAAAAACGUACAGUGGCUAAAAUGUGGGGCGGAAAGCAACAAAACCACUCUUAUUACUUGGCUUAAUUUAACCCAAGUACUAAUAAUUUCUCUCUGAUCAUUAUUGUGAGGUUUUCAGAUGUUAGUCAACAAUAAAUGAGACUUGCAAUCUAUAAUUUUGAAAAUUAAACAUUGUGACAAUGAAAGUCACUCACCACUACUCUGUUUUAAAUAAACCAAGUAGCAAAAAUCUUGGGUCAUAACUAAUAUUUUCACCUGAUGACCUACAAUAAACAAGUAAACAGACAUGCUCUAGCUAAAGUGUAAAGACUCAACAAUAUGGAGAUAAAGAAAAAAAAAAAAAAAAAACACUUGCCUUUAAAUAAAACAAGUACCAACAAUAUUGGUUAAAUUGAUCUGUUUUUGUUUGAUAAUCGACAAUGGUGUAAAAAAAUAAAUAAAAAAUUCAGUAGCUAAAAUGGGAAAAAGAAACAAAAGCUACUUGCCACUAGUUCGCUUAAUUUUACCAAGUACCAAUGAUCUUAAUGUGGGAUAAUCAGUUAUAAUUUUAGUGGUUGAUCUACAAUAAAUGGCAUAUGCAAGCUAAAAUUUGAAAACAAGACAAGAUGAAAAGCCACAACCUUACUUUGUUUGAAUUAAUCAAAUGCCAACAAUCUUGGAUUACAACUUUCUAACUGAGGAUCUACGAUUAACGAAUAAACAAGCUGAAGUUACAAAAAACAAUCUGACAAAAUCCAUUCACUUUUACUUUUUUGUUGUUGAAAUAAACCAACUACCAACAAUACACGUAGAGCACCAUAAAACAUUUACACAGUCGUGUCUUAUUCGUAGUGUCGCCUUUUAUUGCGUUAAUAUCAGUAAAGCGGACGUCCGUGUGUCCAUCGUGUCGAUUGAGAGCGGUCUUGGACGACCGGGGGUCUUGAUUUCUCCUUCCUCGACGCUUCCUGGCGAUGUUCCAGCCACAUUGUGAUGCAGUGUCCUUCAUCUUUCACUACCCGACCCCCCCCCCCCCCACGCUUCCCGUUUUCCCAUCCAUUUUCAUGACUCAGCACAGCACCGCGGUUUACCGCAAAGUGCCGGAUUAAGGUGCACAAACUAAUAGGGGUGGCAAAAGUACUCGCAUUCUGUACUAAAGUAGAAGUAUAGAUACUCGUGUAAAAUUCUGUUGCAGCCUUUCACAAAAAAAAUCUGCAAUUUAUUUAUUUUUUUAAUGAGAAAACUAGCACUAUAUUAUACUGUAUGACAACUUACUGUAAUGAUAUAAUUACAAUUAGCACUCAGGAUUUCAUGACUCCCUCAGCCCUACCAGAGCUAAGCCAAAUGGAAAGUAACUAGACCACUGUCUUGCGAGUAAUUGCUACAUUUAGCGAACUAAGUUGACCAUUCACAGGCGAUUAAUGAUAUUAGGUAAAAACCACUAGCCAAGUGGCUGCCCUACGGUAGCGAUAGGGGGUACCGCCAAAUAUCUGCUCUCUGAUAGUUCUAUUGUUAGUUGUGCUGCUCAUUUCUGGCGUGUGCCUCGUGGCAACCUGGUGACAGUGUACAACAGACAUGGAUGUACUGUUCAUUGAGACAUCUCAACUCCUCUUGCUUAUUAGUACAGCACUAAUAUUAGUUAGUCGAAAUGGAUUAAGAAUAUAUGCCUAUGAAUAUCGUUGUAGGGUCUGUCUACAUGUUCUACCAACGUUUGUGUUCAGAUAUCCGUUGCUUAAAGGGUAUCACCACCACCACAUAGAUGCUAAUUGUUAGCCUGUGUGACUAUAGAGUCGUGAACAUGCAUUUAUUCAUGUCCAUAAUAUUCUUCUAAAGUAUUCCUAAUUAAAAUAUUUUAAAUUUCACAACAAAGUAAGUGUUCCCAAACAGAUAUCUUUUUAAAAAUAUUUUAUUUUAAAGCAGAACAUUGUUCAGAUUCCUCCAUGUUGCGGCUGUCUCAACUGUGUUUGACUUUUCCUCUCUCUGGUUAUGUCUUUUUUAACCUCGUGUGGCCAUUCGCGUAGGUUGAAUAAAGUCACAAGCCUAUUUUGACCAUGUAAGGAGAUCCGUUUUCAAAUGAAGGGAGUAAAAGCAAAAAGUCAUCAAAAAAAUUAAUACUCAAGUACAGAAACCUGACGAAUCUACUGAAUCUGCUUCCCACCACUACUAACUAACAAGCACAAGCAUCCUAAUGCAAAUGAGUGUUUUAAUGGAAAGACUGGAGAAAAUGGAGGUAGGUCGAGGAUGGGAAAGUGGGCCAAAGACGCUGCCGCCAUGUGCGCGGGCGCAGCCGUGAAAUCGGCCUGAUCCAAUAGAUUCUGUUUAUCUGGCAUCACUACAAGUGAAAGCGUUUGGAAAUCUGGGGGAGAUUUGG